CGCUUAUCUCACCGGAACUUCCACCAGAUGGUUCGAGGGUCGACUUUGCGUCCCCAUACCAUGUGCCUAGUCCCGGCCCCUCAUGGGCUCGCUGUUAGACCAGAACUCCAGCGCGGUGCGCAAGCGCAUUCAGAAUCACCACUUCGAUGACGAGGACGGCGAGGAAUACGAAGCCUCCGCCUUUGGCGGCUUCGGCGAUUAUAUGCGCCGCAAGAAGCUCAAGCUACAGAACCUGGAUGCUGAAAUACGCUCCUCCGCCACCGACUGCCCGCCUAUCUUUCGUGGAGUCGUCGCGCACAUCAAUGGCUACACCCAACCAUCUCUGCAGGACCUCCAUCGCCUUAUCGUGAGCCAUGGCGGGGGGUUCCUGCAAUAUCUGAACGGCAAAACUGAUGCGACGCACAUCAUUGCCAGCGCGUUGACACCCAAGAAGCGCGAGGAGUUUCGACGCUAUCGGAUCGUCAAACCAGCAUGGGUGGUCGAAAGCGUCAAGGCUGGUCGGAUGCUGCCGUGGGACGCUUUUCGUGUCCUCGACGAGGGCCAAUCCCAGAAAGUGCUCAAGUUCGACGACGGACGGAUGGUCAGCCAGACGAAUAGUCCGCAGUCCGGCUACCGCGAACAGACCGAUUCCAGCUGGUAUACCUCCCAACUUCAAAUGGCGACUUCUGUGGACCAGACAGAAAUGCAGCGAUCUCCUUUGCAAGACUCCGAAAUGGUUGGCCUAACGGACCAACUGCCCAGUGGAGGCACGCAGUCGGACUACGGCGAGUUUCCAAGCUUUGCCUCUCUGGAUGAGACGAGCAAGCUACCCAACGCACCAUCCCCGCUGAAGGAAGCACCACCCGGCACGCCACAAGAUAAACAGUCACCAUCGAGGCAUGAGAAUGUAGGAACUGAUUCCAACCUGCGCGGACCAGUCGAUGGCCAACUUGAUGUGGCUCCCGCACCGCUACCGCUUGUACGGGAGAAUUUACCAGCGAAAUUAGACAUGACCUCCGAGGAAUACAAUGCGCAGCUGCUGUCGGACCCGCGCAUGAGGAACUCUAGUGUUGCGGAUCCGGAAUUCAUCCAGCAAUUCUAUAGUGAAUCUCGACUUCAUCAUCUGUCAACGUGGAAAGCCGAUCUCAAAGCGCAGCUUCAGUCUGCUACCAAAGAAAAGCUACAGUCUCAAUUGAAGUGUAGGAAGCCUGCUCCUGGAGCAAGGAGGUAUAUUAUGCACGUGGAUUUUGAUUGCUUCUUUGCAGCGGUAUCGACAUUGAAGCGGCCGGAGUUGCAGGGGAAACCUGUCGCCGUCGCACACGGCACCGGCUCGGGAUCGGAGAUCGCCAGUUGUAACUACGAGGCGCGUGCCCAUGGGAUCAAAAACGGCAUGUGGAUGAAGGGGGCAUUGCAGGCCUGUCCGGAGCUAAAGGUAGUGCCCUAUGACUUUCCCGCGUACGAAGAAGCCAGCCGGAAGUUCUACAGCGCCAUUCUAUCCGUGGGUGACACAGUUCAGAGUGUCAGCAUUGACGAGGCUCUGGUGGAUAUUACUAUGCAGUGUCUCGAGGCUGGAGGUUCGGAUGGCAGAGGUAUCUCGGAGGGGUCUCUCUAUCGGGAACAGGCCAAAGCCGAUGAGAUCGCAGAAGACCUUAGGGCCACAGUAAAGAGGGAAACAGGCUGCGCAGUCUCCGUGGGAAUCGGAGGAAACAUCCUCUUGGCCAAGGUUGCUUUACGAAAAGCGAAACCUGCUGGUCUAUUCCAGCUAAAGCCGGAUGCUGUCCUUGAUUUCAUUGGAAACCUUACAGUUCAAGAUCUCCCGGGUGUUGGUUACAGUCUGGGAACGAAGCUGGAAGAAAUAGGUGUCAAAUUUGUCAAAGACGCCCGGGAUCUGUCUCGUGAGAGGCUCACUACGAGCCUGGGUCCUAAGACCGGCGUCAAGAUCUGGGAAUACUCCCGCGGUAUCGAUCGGACCGAAGUCGGCAAUGAAGUCCUCAGAAAGUCGGUUUCUGCGGAGGUCAAUUGGGGAAUACGCUUCGUAAAUCAGACCCAGGCCGAUGAUUUUGUGCGGUCCUUAUGCCAGGAACUGCAUCGCAGACUUGGCGAGAACCUGGUGAGAGGAAAGCAGUUGACUCUCAAAGUCAUGCGGAGAUCUCUCGAUGCGCCUCUAGAGCCCGUGAAGCAUCUCGGGCAUGGGAAGUGCGAUGUGUUCAACAAAAGCGUUGUUCUCGGCGUUGCCACUGAUGAGACCGAAAUUCUGGGCAGAGAGGCCGUCGCUAUGCUAAGAAGCAUGAAUCUCUCGCCUGGAGACUUGAGAGGGCUGGGCGUUCAGAUGACUAAACUUGAACAUCUCAAAUCGGGCUCUCCUGGAAGGUCCGGUCAGCGACAGCUCAAUUUCAAGGCGUCCCCCCUUCGCAAAAGCAUCGAGCGUAACGAUGAUGACAUCCUUGACAGUCCCCGCAAAGGAGAGACCGAGUCUGUGAGGCCCGUUCCUUCAUUCAGUGACAGUGGCCGGCCGCUGAAUAUUUCGGGGACUCAAUUUAUUUUGCCCUCGCAAACCGACCCUACCGUCGUUGCUGAGCUGCCAAAUGACAUCCGAUCGCGACUCAUCGCCCAGGGGAAACCUCGACGCGAUGCGCGCUCUGUGUCUCCCUGCCCUCCAGCUCGCCCCCAGCCAUCCGCACGUGUGGAACUUCCGCCCCAGUCGCAGCUUGAUCCGGACACAUUAGCAGCUUUGCCAGAGGAUGUGCGUGCUGAGAUCCUGGAAUAUUAUAGCCGGCCCUCGACCAGUCCGGGUCCGCAGCCCGCGCCGCCCUCGCCGUCUCCUGCCCCUGCUCUCACUCCGCCUCCCCGGCCCUCUUCCUCCUCGGGAUCCCUGCUGAUGCGGAAGCCCACGAGCCCUCCCAAGAAGCGACGUGGGCGGCCCAGCACCAAGUCGGUAGGCAAUCCAGCAUUCAAGCAAGCUCGAUUCGUUUUACCAAGAGCCACUGCUUCAUCUUCAACCAACAAUGAGCGUCAGUCGCCUGCCCCGGAACUGACCGACGUCUCGGCCGACUUCCUCGCCGCGCUCCCAGAGGACAUCCGUCGUGAGGUGCUCGAGGAACAACGAAGGGCAAGGAUGCUCCAGCGCCCAAGCAUCAACCCUCCGGCGCAGAGACCCACUCAGUCAAGACCCUCCGCCCCUCCCGCGCAAGAAAAACGACUGGUUUGGCCCCCCCUACCAGAGAGGCCAACAUUCACUUCCCAAAAGCUCUCUAACAUAUCCGACCUGCGGGAUGCGAUUAGUUCCUGGCACGCAGCGUUCAGCAGCGAAGGUCCAAUUGAAGAAGACGUGAUCUCCCUCGGCCGGUAUCUGAAGCGCGUUAUCGUGGAUGAGAAAGACAUGGACAAGGCAGUGUCGGUUCUUAAAUGGCUCAUGUGGCUGAUUCAUGACGAGCAAAACGAGAAUGCGUCUGAUGCGUUUAAAACCCCGGACCCAAGUGGCAAGACGGGCAGCAGCUCGCAGAAUGCAGUCACCUGGGAGGCUGCAAUCAGGACGCUGCGGGAGAGCCUCGACGAGGGGUGCACGGAGCGAGGACUGCCUCCUGUUGAUUUGUCUUGAUGUAUAUAAUGUUGCUUAGUCGAGUUGGCCUGCUGGCGUUAGCUCGGAUAUGACGUUUGGUUACUUAGCUUGGACAUAUUAAAUGUCGAAAUGGCUACUGAAGCGAUACAACGUGGAUUCAGUGGGAAUGAAUGAAUUGGAUGACUAUCUAAAGCGUCGCUACUGACAGUCUCUAUAUAGGUAAAGUAAUGGUAUGGAAAAGAGGUAUUACAUGACUAUAAUUGCUUAUUAUACUCUGGAG